CUCAUAAACACUGUGAAGUUUUUUACAGUUUCCUUGUAACACUUGCCGGAGAAGCUUUCAGACCCUAUAACUGAUAAUUGCCCUCUAUCUUUCUUCCUUAAGCACAGCUCUUUAAUCAUGGCAUAUAAUCCACCCUAUCCUGGCACCUAUGGCAAUUUUGUACAGCAGAUUCCUCCAGCAGGCUACACCUACCAGUCAUCCUCUGAGAUCUACCACAACAAUACACAGGGUGCUGUCCAUGCUCACGUGCACACUCUUCAACAAAAGGCUGUAUUUCCAACCUCAUAUCAUGGCCACACUCUGGCACCCCAACCUGUACAGCAACUCAUAUCAGAUACAGCGGUACCCAAGUACUCUUAUUAUAACAAUGGUGCAGUCCAGCCAGAGGUCCAAAUAAUCCAACAAGGUGGCACUCAGAUGGUGGUCCAGCCUGCUCAACAACCUCAUGUGGUAGUCCAGCCUGCUCAACAACCUCAUGUGGUAGUCCAGCCUGCUCAACAACCUCAUGUGGUAGUCCAGCCUGCUCAGCAACCUGCUGUGGUGGUCCAGGCUGCUCAGCAACCUGCUGUGGUGGUUCGUUCUGCUCAGCAACCUUCUGUGGUGGUUCGUCCUGCUCAGCAACCUUCUGUGGUGAUCCAACCUGCUCCACAACCUGCUGUGGUGGUUCAAGCUGCUCCUCAACCUUCUGUGAGAGUCAUCCAGGCUCCAGCAAAGACCAUGGUUUAUCGUCGUUAUUACUGAAGUGAACCGGUCCAAGAGAACAUAGACGACCCACAGUGUGCUGUGAUGAAAACUUCAGCGGCAUUAUAUGUUAUAACGAAAAAAAAAAGGCCAUAUAUAUUAUUAAAUUGUUAAUAUGAUCAUUAACUGGUGGGGUAAAAAUUCAUCUUGGACAUCAGGUCUCCUAGUUCAGGAGUAGUUUUAGCCACCGCUUAGUAAGUUCAAUGAAUAAUAGACAGUAAAUUGUAUUAAAGUGUAGUGCAGUGAAGUGUGUUAAAAACGACUGUAAUAAAUUUAAUGACUUUUGGGUAGGGUUUUAAAAUUAUAAAUUUGUUAGUGGCUUUGAUUAGCUCACAUUUAUUAACUGUAUAAUGUCACAUAAACACAACUCUCCAUGGCUUGUGUAUAAUAUGAAUAUUUUUCUUGAUUACAGUAUUUCCGGUUUAAAUAAAAUUCAUGAGACAGAAAA